AUGAGGAUGAUGCUGAGAGAGAUUUGCAACCAUGGUUUGCUAAAGAGGAUUGUUAAACUAAUUGUUAAGCUCAUGAGAAAUCACAAUACCCAUGAGUCAUUGCUUUUGGAAACAACUGCUAGAGCAAUUCAACCAAUGCUGGAAUGGGGAGAAUCUGGCAUGGCAGCUGCAGAUGAACUCUCCAAUCUUUUCAAGUGUCGAUUGCAUGUUACCAUUCGGUGCCUUUCUCACCCGAGUGCUCAUGUACGUGCCCUUAGCACCUCGGUUCUUAGAGUCGUUUUAUACGCCGACUUGAUCAACCCAAGUGGAUUCACAAAAGGAACCGAUAUGUGCUAUUGA